AUGAAUGAAAGGAUACUAAAAAAUAUUUGGAAGUGUGAGCCAUCAUGUCUAUUAAGCAAAAGUAAUUUUAAUGCAAGUUUGGUUUCCACAUUUAAAAUAUCGCGAUCUAGCACUUUACUUCUGGAGGGGAAACAUAACUUGGUGAUACUUGCCCGUGCGAAUCAUCACGGCGUAGUGCGCGGGAGUAAGGAAAGGAACGAUCCUCAUCGGGAGAAGAACGAACUUUUGGAUGAUGGAGCACACGGUGUCUGCGCCGGGGGCGCACACAAUAAUAGGGGGAGUUGCAGUGGUGAAGGCCCGCCGUUAAAAGGGACACAACACUACGCCUUCCGCUUUGACAAGGGCGCCCGAAUGCUGCGCGCUGGGAGAAACAGGGAUUCCUGGAAGAACUCGCCCGUCAGUUCGUAUUCAACGGUGAGAGGGAGGAAAGAUGAGCGUGAGGGAGGACAACCAGGAAAAAAGGAUGCUGAUGAUGACGCCGGUGCGGUCGCAGUCGCCGAUGCAAAUAGUGAGUCACUCGAGAAGGACGAACCGGAAUGCGAACCCCCCAUGCGUAAGAACAAGCCACAUGUUGAAAAAGACAAUCAGGUGGAUAGCAAACAGGUAGUUGGUAAUGGCGAUACGGUGGAGGACACGCGUGGGGAGGAUCCCUCCAAAACGGGGAGCCACCUUAGCAGCAGUGGAACGAUACGCACGAACAGUGGCGAGACGCAGCAGAACGAAAAGGGAGAACAAACUUCGGAAGGUUAUAACAUUGAUUUGCAGAGGGGUGACUCCCAGAGUAGCAGUGACGACGGAAAAGACGAACUAACCGAGAAGCUAAAAAAAAAAAACGAAAUAAAAAAAAUGUUAAACAUAAUAUUUUGCUCAUCCAUUCCUAUGAUCGGAUUCGGGUUCAUGGAUCAGUUUAUAAUGAUCCGUUUGGGAGAUAUUUUCGAUGCAUCAAUCGGAGUGUCUUUGGGCAUAUCGACCCUGUGUGCUGCUUCCUUUGGCCAACUCUGCAGUGACACGUUCGGAGUCUUUUUUGGCUACGUCUUAAAUUAUUUAUUACAAACAUAUAGAGUUAUCCAACCAGCCAAAUUCGACAUCAAAAAUAAAGUGUACCAACAUUGCACCUUAGUGGGAUCUGUGGUGGGAAUUCUACUAGGUUGUGCUCUCGGAAUGUUGCAACUCAUUUUCAUCGACACAACAAAAAGUGAAAGAUUGAAAAAAAAAAAAGAAUUAGAUUUUAUAUUCCAAAUGGUUAUGUGUGAUUGUUCCAAUAUUUUAAACUGCGAAACGUCGACCCUGUUUCUCUACGAUAAGGCCAAAAAUGAAUUAUGGAGCAAAGCCAUACAUGGAAGAAAAAACAUCAUAAAGAUAUCAGCCAAUAGCAAUGAAAAAAGUUUCAACCUCUGGGUUCUUCGAAACAAAGAAAUAAUUAACUGCAAGGAUGUGGUAAAUAAUGAAUUGUAUAACCCCUCACAUGAUGAGAAAUUUAAUUUCAAAACGAGGACCAUUUUAGCGGCACCCAUCUUAGAUCGAAAUAACGAAGUUGUCGGUGUUCUUAUGUUCCUUAACAAGUUAAGAUCCCAUGGUGGGUACUUUACCCGGAAUGACGAAAAGCUAGCUGAGAUGAUGAGCAAACAUAUUUCCAUCUUCAUGGAAAAGUUCAAUUAUAUCAGUGAGGGCGAUAAAAAAAUGAUCAUCUUCGAUAAGGAAAAGAAUAUAUCCCGCGAGGGGGAGGAAGAAGAGGAAGAAGAAGCAGACGAGGAAGAGGAGGACGAAAAUCCACCACCCGUACCGAAGAACAGUUUGAACCACAAUCAAGAGAUAGGUGCACUCACGAGGGAACACACACAUGAAGGAAAUAAACCGCAAAGCAAACACCAUGCAGUUAAAGAACGGAAAAGAAAAAGAACCCCCCCAAAAAAUUUGCACUAUCAAAUUUCGCAAAUAGAUGAAGAUGAUAAAAUAUUCGACGAAGGAAGCGAAAAUGCCAACAUAAAGCAGUUUGAUGAGUACUAUGAUGAGAAGACGGAGGAGGAGGACGACGUGUACGACGAUGAGGAUUACGACGAGGAUGAGGAGGACGCGGAGGUGGAGAGUCAGGCGGAGAGGGAAAGCAACACGGAAGUGGAGAACCCCGCGGAGGAGAACCCCGCGCAGCUGGAGGAGGAAGAGAUGUGUAAAGCAUCCCAGCCUAGUAGGGGGCCCGUCGAAAAGGAGCAGACGGACAAAUUGGACGAGAAAUCGCGUGAAAUAAUAAACCUAUUGCCCAUUUCAAAAACGGGGUCGAAGAAAAAUGAGCAACCAGUUAACGAUUUCCUAGUGGAAGAUCAUUUUAACCAUAGAGUGGAUCAUCUUAGUGCGGGGAAGAAUAUCUCAAAGGAGUGGCAAUCAGACGAAGCAGACCAAGCAGAGGGAGCAGACCGAGUUGACUGCAAGGUUGAAGUGAUUAACCGCGGGCACGACCAAGGUGCACCGCAUAAACUCUCCAUUUUGAGCAUAGACAAAAAGGUAACAGAUCCCGCGCAAAAGGAGGGCCCCUCUUCCUUCGGGGCUUUCAACUCAGGGGGGCCUCUCCCCGUGUCUUCCCCUCCCCACAUUGUCCCAGGAAGGACUAGUAGUGAGAACAUCCCCGGUGAGCGUAACAGGGGCAGUGUCGCCAAUGACUACCCACGAAUCGACCGCAGCAACGAAGGAGAGAAGGAACCCACCACUUUUGACAUGCUAUCGAUUGCCCCUAACGCGGAAAACGCUUUAAAAAGUCACAAAAAGGGUAACUCUAAUUUAUACGAAAACAAUUCUCAGGGAAGUGUUAAUUUGGGGAACAAGUGGAAGAAGCUUAUUAUACAUUCCUUAAGCACCAUGCUGAGUGAUGACGUUACUGAAGAGGGAGAAGGCAUCCCUAGUUGGGCAAAUGCGGAAGUUAGCUGCCCCCAUGUUGACAGGGCGGACCGUUACGGUGCUGGGAGUGGUUUAGGGAGUGGCGCAGGAAGUGGUGCAUCUGGCCAGUCAAUCGGUGAGUCCUCUGCUUACAACGGCGGCGUUGCGCCAGAUUACACCUACUACUACGACAUCGAGCACACGAGCGAUUACGGCAACCUGUAUGUCAAGAACUUCUCCAGUGGGGUGGGGGCGAACGAUGCAUUCGAGAAUGAGCGAAAGAAGGAACAAAACGACUCCAUCGAAAGUUACCACCGCGGAUACAACAGCGCCAUUCUGAGCGAGACGCUGUGUAGGAACUCGUCCCUCUCCGUGGCGAGCGGAAUCAAGGAAGAGCCUUUCAGAAGAUAUGCGCAGAAUUACGUGUACGCGAAGGGGGUCUCAUUGAGGAAAGCAGCUCUUCUGGAGGGAGCCGCAAACAUGUACAGCUCCAGUGCAUACAAUUCAGAAAAGUAUUUUUCACACAUCCAAUUUGCGAAGAUAUUUAAAAUAGUCUCUGAGAAAAAAAUGAAUAUAAAAAAUUUCAAAAUUUUAAAAAAUAUUUACAAGUACAAUUUAAGUAAAAUUUUUAGUAAUCAUUACAAAUAUAUAAUUGUGAAGAAGAAGAAAAAAUUACGAAAGUUUUGCUACACACUUAAACAUUUUGAUAUUUGCAAACUGGACCAUUUCUGGUUUAACAUAUAUUGCCAAAAUGAGUUGAAAAAAAUUUUCUUUCGAAAUUUACACUUCAUAAUAGACUUACAUAAUACACGUAUUGUCGAUUUUAAGCUCAUCAAUAAUUAUAUCCUUCAUAAGAUUUACGAGAAUACCACUGUCAGUCGUCUGGCACCAAGCACAUGCUACAACAUUAAGAUAAUUGAUUUUUUCUUCAAAGAAAAUUUGUACCUUUUAAAUAAAAGCACAAUGAAUGAUAUCAUUUACAAGUAUAUAAUUUUUUACUACUGCAGGAAGAAGUUGAGGAAAAAAAAUUUUAACUAUUACAAUUAUCAGGACAUGUACCUCGCGGAGAACUUCUUCGGUCAUAAUACUCACACCAAGAAGGUCCCCAAAAUUCUGGAUGAGGAUCUGGGCAAGAAGAGCGCGAUAGUUACCGUGGACAGAUAG